AUGUUUUGUUUUUGCCGUCAGUUCGUCAAUUGCAAUUUCUCCCUCUUCGCGAUCGCGAAUCUCGACUCUGCCUCAGCAGUCGGCGACUCGACGCUUCGACGCUUCGUUCUGUCGUCCUAUGUUCGCCGGUCCACCGCCCACCAGUCCGACACCCGCCGGUCCGCCGCCCACUGCUCCGCCCGGCGGCGCCCGCUGACUGCAGCAGCUCCCUCUAAGCAAGGACUGUCUUUCCGUGGACAUGAUGAGUCAAGUAAUUCUUUAAAUAGAGGAAACUUUCUUGAAUUGCUUCAAUGGUACAGUCAACGAAAUGAGGAAGUUUCAAAGGUUGUUAAUCAAAAUGCUCCCGGAAACAAUCAAAUGAUUUCUCCAGCAAUUCAAAAAGACCUUACGCAUGCUUGUGCCUCUGAGAUCACACUUUCCAUAAUCGAAGAUAUUGGAAACAAUGUUUUCUCCUUAAUGGUUGAUGAAUCUCGAGACAUUUCAGUGAAGGAGCAAAUGAGAGUUGUUUUGAGAUAUGUGAACAAAAGAGGACAGGUGAUUGAACGAUUCCUUGCAAUUGUACAUGUAUCUGACACUAGCUCUCGUUCUUUGAAGGAUGCUAUCGAUGCUUUAUUUGCGAAACAUGGAUUAUCAUUAUCUAGACUGAGAGGUCAAGGAUAUGAUGGAGCUUCAAAUAUGCGGGGUGAAUUCAAUGGAUUGAAAUCUCUCAUUUUACAAGAAAAUCCAUAUGCAAGUUAUAUUCAUUGUUUUUCUCACCAAUUGCAGUUAGUUAUUAUUGCUGUUGCCAAGAGUAAUCUCAAUGCGAGUGAUUUUUUUUACUAUGUCACUAUGAUUGUUAACACAACGGGAGCAUCAUGUAAAAGGAGAGAUCAACUUAGGCAAAUUGAACAUGAUAGGAUUGUUGUAAUGUUGGAGGGUGGAGACAUUAGUACAGGCAGUGGCAAAAAUCAAGAAACUAAUUUAGUAAGGCCAGGAGACACUCGUUGGGGAUCACACUACUUGACAUUGGGUCGUCUAUUAUCUAUGUGGCCUUCAGUGAUUCAAGUGUUGGAGAAUAUUUGUGAUGAUUCUAGUUCUUUUGAUAGUAGAGGGGUUGCCAAAAGUUUGAUUCAGAAAAUGGAGAAUUAUGAGUUUGUUUUCAUGUUGCACUUGAUGAAGAUGAUAUUGGGAAUGACAAAUGAGUUAUCACUUGUGUUACAACAAAAGGAUCAAAAUAUUGUCCAAGCCAUAAGUUUGAUUGAGAGUGUGAAAGAUCAAUUUCAAAUAUUUAGGGAAGACGGAUGGCAUACAAUUAUAGAUAAAGUCAACACAUUUUGUGAGUUGAAUGAGAUCCCAGUGCCGGAGAUGAAAGACAAUUGUAUGAUUGGUGGUCGUAGUAGACGUAGAAGGCAAGUCAUCACCAAUUUGCAUUAUUAUCGUGUGGAGAUUAUCUAUCAGGUUGUUGAUUCAGUUAUACAAGAGAUGAAUACUCGUUUUUCAGAAGUUGGCACAGAAUUGCUUAGUUGUAUAGCAUGUCUUCAUCCAAGGAAUUCUUUUUCUGAAUUCAAUGUUCAGAAACUCGUUCGACUUUGUGAUUUAUAUCCUGAGGACUUCUCAACAAAUGAUUGUAUAGUUAUUGAACAACAACUUCAGAAUUUCAUUCAUAAUAUACGACAGGAUCCAAAUUUUUUUGGAAUUGAAGAUUUGGGAAGUUUUGCUCAGAAAAUUGUUGAAACUCAAAAAAAUCAAGCUUAUCCAUUGGUUUAUCGUCUGAUUGAGAUGACAUUAGUUUUACCAGUUGCGACCGCUUCUGUUGAAAGAGUAUUUUCUGCGAUGAAGACGAUAAAGACUGAUUUACGUAACAGAAUGGGAGACGAGUGGAUGAAUGACAGUCUAGUCGUAUACAUCGAGAAAGAUAUCUUUUCAACAAUUGAAAAUGAGCAAAUAUUGCAGCGUUUUCAAAAGAUGAAAAGCCGCAGGAUGCAGCUACCUCCUCUUUCUUAUCCAACGAUCACCUAA